AUGGGCAGUGGAGAGAAAAAUAGUCAUCAUCUGAAUCUUCAUCUAAACAUGCCACACAUCCACCACCACAGCCACUGCGGCGGAAAGAAGGAAUUGAGGAACGUGCCAAAAGGGUGCCUAGCAGUCACGGUGGGGCAGGGGGAGGAGCAACAGAAGUUUAUUAUUCCGGUGAUAUACAUUAACCAUCCACUUUUCAUGCAGUUGCUUAAGGCAGCGGAGGAGGAAUAUGGAUUUGAUCAGAAAGGUCCGAUUAAUAUUCCGUGUAAUGUGGAGGAGUUCCGCCAUGUUCACGCCAAAAUUGAUGAAGAAAACUCCCACCAACACCACCAGUACCACCAUCACCGCCACCAUCAGAUCUUGUGCUUCAGGGCUUGA